UUUCAUCCAUCCGGAACACGUCACUCUAUAAAUAUGCUAGCCUGGUUUAGGAAACCUGGACUGACUGACCGCCUGCAAGUAACCGCAUAACGUAAAAAACAAAAUGGAGGAGUUAGAUGCUGCGCAAGUUCAAAUCUUGAAAAGGGCGUUCGAUGCUUUCGACCGCGACCACAAAGGCCAGAUCAGCACAGACUUCAUCGGCACCAUCCUGGAGAUGAUCGGCCAUAUGCUGGAUGACGACGACCUGAAAGAACUCAUUGCGGAGUACGAUAAAGAUGGCACUGGAAUGUUGGAGUUCAAGGACUUCUGCUCUCUGGCAUCCAGGUUCAUGACGGAGGAAAUGGAUGAGGAGGCCCUUAUAGCAGAAUUAAGAGAAGCGUUUAGGUUAUACGACAAAGAAGGUAACGGGUACAUAACGACGGACGUGCUGGCUGAGAUCUUCAAGGAGUUGGACAAUACGCUGACAGCAGAGGAGAUCGACAACAUGAUCACAGAGAUCGACUCUGAUGGUUCAGGGACUGUGGACUUUGAUGAGUUCCUAGCUGUAAUGACAGGAGAAUAAGAACAAAUCCUAGAAUCUAGAUUGUAUUUAGCUUAAGAAAAACUCUUUUGUU